CUCUCUCUAGGAUCGACGGUCGAGAUCGGCGCGUGCCCGCGCGCGCGUACAUGUGAUCUUCGGCGCACGAAUCUCGAAGGUGGAUCGGAGGCAUGGGAAGAGGCCCCUUCUUCUCCCUCCGGAGCCCAUGUCCGGCGCCGCGGCGGAGGCGGCGGCGGCGGCGGAGGAGGAGGAGAUAAUAGCCCAGGGUGGAGUCGGAGGAGGAGGAGCCGAGGGCGCCGAGGGGGACUCGCACGUGCUGUCCCGCUUCUCCGCACGUGCCGACCACGACGCCUCCGCCAUGGUCUCCGCCCUCGCCCACGUCAUCGGCUCCCCCGGCCCGGUCCACCCCGACCCCUCCCCCCCCGGACCGGCCGGUUCGCCCCAUCCCCCCCACCUCGACCAAGGUGAUGUGAGGAGAAGGCACUAUAGAGGAGUGAGGCAAAGGCCGUGGGGGAAAUGGGCGGCGGAGAUCCGCGACCCGAAGAAGGCGGCGCGGGUGUGGCUCGGGACCUUCGACACGGCGGAGGAGGCGGCGAUCGCGUACGACGAAGCCGCCCUCCGGUUCAAAGGGACCAAGGCCAAGCUCAAUUUCCCCGAGCGGGUCCAGGGCCGGACCGGGCUCGGGUUCUUGGUCACCCCGGGCCUCCCGGGCCGCCCCGUCGGGCCCGUGUCCGCCGCCGCGGCCUCCUCCUACCCUGACCUAAUCCAAUAUGCUCAGCUCCUGCAAAGUGGUGAUGAGGACAUAGGCAAUGUGGCUUCACAUUUAUACACCAGUGGAAGCAGCAGCAGCAGCAGCAGCAGCAGCACUGCUGCUCCUUUCUCCGGGCCGACUUCACAAAUGUCGACGAUGUCGAUAUCAGGGCCGUCGCAGCAGAUAUUGGACUUCUCCUCGCAGCAGCUGCGGAGCGCGACCUCGUUCUCUUCUUCUACUACCUCUUCCUCCUCUUCUUCUUCGAGCUCGCGCGCUCGCGGGGAUCAGAGGGGCAAAGAUACUAGCUACAACCCAUGAGAGCUGUGUU